AUGGACUACUGGGUGCAGAUAGCAGAAUGCCCGGGAUACUUGGAUUCGGUUGGAUCCGAGCUGCAGGGUGGUGGGGCGGUCGGAGUGGACAGCGACACCGCCGCCGUAACCCUGGAUGACGGAUAUGACAGGCAACUCGUCUUUGUCGGGGACAAGGACGCGCCCUCGCCGAAACGCCAAUGCCGCCCAGAAGACCGCCGGUCGAACUCAGACACGUCGAGCCAGGCUCUACCGUCCUUUGGGAUCGGCAGCGCCGGCUAUCGAGCUCCUUCUACCGACCAUGCCGCUCAGCAUGAUGUGCUGGAGAAAGAACUCACGGCCCAGCUGGCCAACCGGCUGGGGCAGCUGCAGUUCGCCGAAGACGGACAGCUGCGCUAUUACGGAGCGACCAGCAACUUGCACAUGAUCAAUCACGGGCUGCUUUCCUUGUUCGAACCGUCUAUCCGCACCAUCCGCUCGUGCGGUGACCAGGUCCUGCGCUCGAACGGCCUAUAUUGGGCCGGCGACCUGGUCUAUGAGGAGCACUUGACGAAUCUGUAUUUCGCGUGGCACAGCCCCCUGCUAAACGAAGUCUCCAAGGAGGUGUACCUGAGGGAGAAGAGGGUGUACGAGGCUGGCCAUGAUACGCCGUACUAUUCGCCAACCCUGGACAACGCCAUUCUGGCCGUAGGUGCUGCAUAUUCGUCGCGGCAGCACCCUGGGAACCAAGACGACGCGGCGGAAUUCUUUGGUUCCCGUGCAAAGGCCUUGCUGGACAUUGAGAUCGACAGCCCAACUGUGGCGACCGUACAGGCCUUGCUGGUCUUGUCUGGGCAUGAAGCUGCUAGAGCCCGUGAUUCGAGAGGCUGGAUCUAUGCCGGUAUGGCGGUGCAAGUUGUCACGGAUUUGGGCUUGCAUCUCAGCCUCGAACAUGAUCGGAUGGAAUCCAACAGUACCGAUGGUGACGGCGAUAUUGCCCAGCUGCGAAAGGACAUGUACUGGGCCACACAUACAGCGACCACGCUAUGGAGCUCAUACAGCGGGCGGCCCUUCCCCAUGAGCGGUACGCAGCACAGCACCCCUGGUCCCACGCGGCACAAAUGGGAGUACUACACCGACUGCACCGAGCAGCCCACGCUCCCGCCUGAUCUGGAUCUGGGCGCUGCCAACGUGGUGCCCAUGUACAUGACGCAACUGGCGAUUAAGAUGGGCAAGACGGCCAACAUCCUCUACAAUGGCCUCCCGGAAUUGUCCGCCGACGGGCACAUGUUCCACGCAGCCAUGGCCACGGAGCUCCAACGGUGGAAGGACGCGCUGCCCGCCUCGCUACACGUCGACACCAGCCAGGACUGGCGGGCUGGUAAUAACAGCGACAAGAAACUGUAUCUCCCCAUGGUGCUGCAGCUCCACAUGCAAUACCACGAAGCCCUGAUCCUGCUCAACCGGCCCUUCAUCAGCCAAGUCGGCAGCAGCUCUCCCACCAGCAGCAUCAGCGCACCCAGCAGCCUCCACAGCGUCGCCGCCGCACAAUGCACGGCCUCGGCGUCGGCCAUCACACGCCUGCUCGUGCUCUACCGGCGGCAGUGGGGCCUGCAGCAGAUCAACAUCCAGGCGGUGCACGUCGUCAUGACGGCCGGCAUCCAGCACGCCCACGACUGCUGCGUGCUGGCCGGGUCGGCCGCCCGCGCAGCCCGCGACGGCCUCCACAUCUGCCUGCAGGCUCUCGGCGAUAUGGGCCAGACCUUCCAGAGCGGCAAUCGCGGCUUGCAGGUCGUGAGCAGCCUGUCGCGCGAUUGGCAGAAUUUGACCUUGGCCGCGAGGAAGCGGGGACGCGGAUUUUAG